AUGCGACCGUAUCAUGUUGUAAUCCAUAUCACUAUGCAUUGUGGAUACGACCAGAGACGAGUUGUAGUGAUGAGGAUUCAUUACGGGACAAUAGUCAACGAGAAGUGCCAAUGGGCAACGGACAUAUCGCCUAUAGUAGGAGUCAUGCUG